AUGGAAAUCAGAGCAAGUACAAAUAACGUGACUGAGUUAAUUAUCACUGGACUUUUCCGGGAUCCAGAGGUGCAGAGAGUGUGCUUUGUGUUGUUUCUCCCCGUGUACCUGGCCACCGUAGUGGGCAAUGGCCUCAUUGUUGUGACGGUCAGUGUCAGUAAGAGUCUGCGCUCCCCCAUGUACUUCUUCCUUGGCUACCUCUCCCUGGUGGAGAUCUGUUACUCCUCUACUGUGGUCCCUAAAUUUAUCAUGGACUUACUUGCCAAGGUUAAAACCAUCUCCCUGAAGGGCUGUCUGGCCCAGAUCUUCUUCUUCCACUUCUUUGUGGUCACUGAGAUCCUUUUGCUUAUGGUGAUGGCUUAUGACCGCUACGUGGCCAUCUGCAAGCCUCUUCAUUACAUGAACAUUAUGAGUCGUCAACUGUGUCACAUGCUGGUGGCUGGUUCCUGGCUGGGGGGCUUCAUUCACUCCAUAAUUCAGGUUCUCAACACCAUUAAUCUGCCCUUCUGUGGUCCCAAUGUGAUUGACCACUAUUUCUGUGACCUCCGUCCCUUAUUCAAGCUAGCCUGCAAGGACACCUUUGUAGAGGGGAUCAUUGUGUUGGCCAACAGUGGAUUAAUCUCCAUCUUUUCCGUAACCAUCUUGGUGUCGUCCUAUGCCAUCAUCCUGUUCAACUUGAGGAAACGCUCUGCAGAGGGGAGGCGCAAAGCCCUGUCCACCUGCGCCUCUCAUAUCACGGUUGUUGUCUUGUUUUUUGGACCUGCCAUCUUCAUCUACAUGCGGCCCGCCUCCACCUUCACUGGGGACAAACUAGUGGCUGUGGUCUACACGGUCAUCACCCCCAUGCUGAACCCCAUCAUCUACACACUCAGAAACGCAGAGGUGAAAAAUGCCAUGAGGAAGCUGUGGGGCCAAAAGGAGAACCCAGGGAUGGGAACACGAUAGAAAGAUGUACGUCUGAUUAUUGUGUGUUUGAAAUGGAUUUUCAGUGGGAUAUUUUAGUAUG